GAGUUCAAGUUGACAUCAGACAGAGACCCAAGAUGAUUAGUGCAGGGACUCAAUGUAACAGGGAUUUAGAAGAGUUCGAGCUUUCAAGAAAACCUAAAUUGACGCAAAGAUCAUAUAUGAUUGAUGAUGUUGACUAUACUGCUCCCAUUUACACAGAUGAACGGAACAAAGACUCGGAUUAUGAGCCCAACUUAUCAGAUGACUCACUGUCAGACACCUAUUCUGAAGAAAAUAGUCAAAGUGAAGGUACAGGAGUGUGGAAUGAAAGAAAAUUCAUUGUAUUUGAAUCCAACCUACUCGAGCUAUUCCGCUACUGUUCAUCUUGUUCAUCUGUGACCUUAUUUGCUGUCAAGAAAAUUUUAGGGUCCUUGGUUCAAGUUGAGCAAAUAUGUGGCAGUUGUGGACAUCACAGGAUAUGGAACAGUCAACCAAUGACUGGGUCUAUUCCAUCUGGAAAUCUACUUUUAUCUGCAGCUAUUCUGUUUACAGGCUUACUUCCAUCAAAAGCUCUUAGGUUUUUGGAACAUCUACAUAUCCAGACCAUUACAGCCAAUACAUUCUUCCAACACCAGAAGCACUAUCUCCACCCCUCAGUUUGUAAUGUUUGGAAAAACUUUCAGGACAAUUAUUUUAGAAAAUUGGCAGAAAGCGACAGAGCUUUAACUGUUGGAGGGGAUGGUCGAGCCGAUACCCCUGGGCAUUCUGCAAAGUUUGGAAGCUAUGCCCUGUUGGAUAUGGACCUUUCUCUUGUAAUCAAUAUAGAACUAGUACAGAGCAAUGAAGUGAAAAGUAGCUAUCACAUGGAAAAGGAAGGGUUUAUUAGGAGCACAAACCAUAUUCAGGAAAGAGGGAUUAAAAUCAAAGAGAUCAUAACUGACAGACAUGUGCAGAUUGUGAAAAACAUUCGAGAAGAAAUGCCAGAAACAGUCCAUCACUUUGAUGUAUGGCAUGUAGCAAAAGGAUUAAAGAAGAAGCUGACUGCUAUGUCCAAAGAAAAAGGGUGUGAACAACUUCAAGAAUGGAUCAGGAGUAUAUGCAACCAUUUAUAUUGGUCUGCUGCAUCAACUCCAGAUGGAAAUGGGCGGUUGAUGCUAGAAAAAUGGCAGUCAUUUGCUAAUCAUGUCCAAAAUAUUCACGAACAUGAUGGUGAACUUUAUGACACCUGCCCGCAUGGUCCUUUGGAAGGCAUUGAACGACGCAAAAAAUGGUUAAUACCAGGAUCAAAAGUGGCUGAAAAGUUCUCCGACCUGGUCUUCUCAAACCAGAUGAAGAAAGACGUCCCCAAAUUAUCACCUGGUUCCCAGACAGCAGCACUGGAAGGAUUCCAUGCAGUUGUCAAUCACUUUGCACCAAAAAUGAUUGGCUUUUCAUAUCAUGGGAUGCUAUCAAGACUUAUUCUCGCUGCUCUCCAUUUUAAUGAAAAUGGAAUGAGGGAACAGGCCACAACCAAAGAUGGGAAAAAAAGAUUUGACAUUGUGUUUCCAAAAUUCAAAAGAGGGGAAUAUACAGUUCGGAAGGUUAAAGUGGAAUGCACUUAUGAUUAUGUAAAGAAACUGAUGUCUUCUGUUGAGGAGCGGGCCUCUCAAUUCAGCAUGAAUUCUAGUGUAGUUGUCCAGCGUCAGCCUGCACCUCCUCCUUUGUGUAGUGUCUAUCACCAUCAAGUAUCGAGAUUUAAUCAGCAAAAUUUUGGAGACGAUGAUUCCUCUGCUUGUUGCUAA